UAUGUUUGUUUUCAUAUGAUCACCCUUCGAUGAUCCCUUCGAUAACCCGAUUUGACGACUCCUCGGUGGACCGACGAGAUGCCACGCUGCAUCUGCUGGACCCCGCCACCGGAGCUGUGCUUGACGAUCCCGAGUAUGGCCCCGUCUGCGUCCAGUCCGGCACCACGCGGCAAUUCGAGUGCAGGAUUCAAGACGCCAGACCUGGGGUCUGGCACUUCACGUGGAUGCUUGGGAAUCAAACGAUCGCUACUAAAAGCGAGGCAUGGACCGGAGCUGGGCUGGUCAAAGUGAGCAGCUGGCACAUCGUGACAAACCCUGGGAACGAGACUCGAGAACGUAACCUAACGUGCCUUGCAACGAGCAGUGAUCAGUCACUGUGCACCAGGGUGCUGAUAACGUCUUGUGCAGUAUAUGUUCUGAUAUAG